CCAAAAAAUAUAGAAGCCAAACAUCAUGUGUUCUAUAUUACAUAUGAAGUUGCAUAACAUCACUUUCCCUCUGCUUGGUUCUAAUUUCUCUCUCCAAUGGACCUUGGAACACAGAUAGGAGCACAAAUUGGUACAGAGAUCGGAACAGAUAUUAAACCAGAGACAUGCCAAGAAGAUCAGAGACAUGUUUUUCAAGAAUACCAAGAACCUCUCAGAUACACCACAUGGGUUUUGAGAGUUUCUAUCCACUGCGAAGGAUGCAAGAGAAAAAUCAAGAAACUAUUGAGCAAAAUCGAAGGUGUAUACACAACGAACAUCGACGUGAAGCAACAGAAAGUAACGGUGGUUGGAAACGUGGAGCCGGAGCUUUUGAUCAAAAAGAUCAUGAAAGCUGGUAGACACGCCGAGCUAUGGCCGACGUCGAUGGACAACAACAACAACAACGAGUGUAACUACCAGCAGAGAGAGAAGAAACCAAAGAAACCUAAAAACGAUGAUGAGGACAGCAGCGAAGAUGACGAAGACGACGGAAACAACAACAACAGCGGCGGGAUGAUGGACGGCGGCACAUGCAUUGGCGGGCCUCCCGGAGGCGGCGGUGAUCAGGUGAAGCAAGUUGUGACGUUUGUAAACGGACAGCCUCAACCACCGUCUGGAGAUGGAGCUCCAAAGAAGAAGAAGAAAAAGAAAAAGAAGAAGAAGAGCACCACGGUGGUGAUGGAAGGAGGAGGCGGUGGUGGCGGUGGUGGUCCUCCGCCGCAGAACGGUGGACCACCGGAGACUGUGAUAUACUCUGCUCCACCACCAGAUCAAUACCAUCCUCCUCAUCAGCAGCAGCAGCAUAUGUAUCCGACGGCUCACAGUCCUCCACGUCAUUACCAACACCAAACGUACGGUCCUCCUCCUCCUACGUACUAUCACGCGCAGCCUCAAACGGCGCCGUCCUAUACUGUGAGCUAUAACACGGCCCACGGGCCGAGUCAAAGUGGGCCGAGUAACGGUGGGAAUGACAAUGCGGCGUCGUAUUACGCGGCUCCUCCUUCCUAUUAUUCUUACGAGUACGUGGACACGGGAUACGAAUCUCCGCCGCCCGAAUUUUAUUCGUAUAGAUCUCAGCCGUGCGAAUCGUUUGAGGCACUCAGCGAAGGCAAUCCAAACGCUUGUGGCGUCAUGUGAUUGGUCUAAAAGUUUUUAGAAUCAAAUGAUUAUAAUUGGGCUUUGAAAUGGCAUCUUGUUAAUGCUGAACGAGUUGUUACUAGACUGGUACUUUCACAAACAAUCACUAAAAACAAUCUCCAUUGGUAAAAUUAAAUUGAAUCAAAUAUGUAUACCUUGAAUAAAAAGAUUUUGCACAAUGAAAUCUGAGGUUUCAUGUAAGAGACAUAUAUUUUGUAUUUUAGUAGAUAUCUUAUUGUAAAUGAAAUGUGAUAAAUUACGACUCUACAAAAAGAGUUGUGAAA